AUGCUACGAAUCACAUCACUGAUUCGUGCUGUAAGCUUUCGGUCACUAGAAUCAAACGUGGUCUCCACUAUUGCAUGUGCUUCAAAAUGUGUGCAACAAAAGCAUACCAUCUGCACAGUGCUCUUGAGCGCUCGAUCCAACAUGCCGGCCACAACGCAAUCGGUACGGUUCUAUGCCAAAAGCAAGGAUAAAAAGAAAGACAAAAAGAGCACCGGUGGGAAGGUACAAAUCAACGAGGAGCAACUAGGCUCUCUCAUCGACCUGGAAGCCCUACGAACGCAGAUGGAAAAGAGUCUGGCCGCCAUGAAGGAGGAAUACGUGAAAAAUCUUUCCCUACGCUCCACUACCGGUUCUAUUGAAACUCUGCGUGUAGCCUACGAAGGCAAGGAUUAUCAACUGCAGGAGCUUGGUCAGGUGGUGCGAAAAAACCCUAAAACCUUGGUCAUUAACCUCAUCUCUUUUCCGCAAACCAUCCCUGCCGUUUUGCAAGCGAUACAACGCAGCGGUAUGAACCUAAAUCCUCAGCAAGACGGCACCACACUGUUCAUCCCGGUACCCAAGGUGACUCGUGAUCAUCGCGAGACUCUUGCCAAGAACGCCAAGGUACUCUACAUCAAAUGUCGUGAUAGGAUCAAAGACAUACAGAACCAAACUAUCAAAAAGCUCAAGAAACAAGCCAAUGUUUCCGAGGACGACGCAUUUCAGGGGCAGACCCAAAUCACUGCCAUCGGGGAUGGAUUCAUUAAGGAGGCAGAAAAAAUAAUGGAACUGAAACAAGCUGAACUACUGGGUGAUCAAUAAACCCACUACUAACUAUUAGCAUGUAUAAAAUUGUAGGUUUGAAUAAAAUAAACGUU